UGAAUCUUCUAGUGUUGGUCAUAAGUACCACCCACGGUGGUCCACGCUGGCUGAAGAAUUCGAGAUUCGAGCCGAACGCCAAACUCAUCAGUUCCCUGAAGUGCUUGCUAAAGAUGGGAGACCAAGACCCCUCUGACACGUUAUCAGAGGGCGAAAUGGAGAACAGGAAAGUAAGCGAGACCCUCACGCUCUCCCAGUUCUCCUCAACUGUGCGAGCUGUGGUGCGGAUUCGUCAGAAGUACCAAGCAAUGAAAAAGCGUCGGAUGGAGCUGGUGGUGUCCAAAACACCAUUCUUUUCGUCCCCACGCUCCACCAGCCCCAAGAUCUUCACGUUCGAUGAGAUUGUGGGUGGCAACUCUAUGACUACGAGCAAGAAGAAGAAAAAGAAGAAGGGUCGUGUCCUGUUCCCCAACAACAGCAGCCGGCGUGUCCCACCCACCAUGGAGCGCAGCCGGGCCAAGAACUGCCUGGUCCUGCUGUGUGUCAUCGUCUUCCUGCAGGUUUACAAUGCCAUCGAAAACCUGGAUGACCAUGUGCUAAAGUAUGAUCUGGAGGGACUUGAGAAAACUCUCAAAAGGGAGGUUUUUGGACAGCAGGAGGCAACUGAGGGCCUCUUGGGACAUUUAAAAGAUUAUCUGUCGACCUAUGUCCACAGUAAACCUCUAGUGGUGUCUCUUCUUGGUCCCACUGGUGUUGGGAAGAGUCACCUGGGUAGACUGCUUGCUCAGCACUUCCGCUCCGUAGUUGGAGAGCAGCUCAUCAUGCAGUACUUUGUGCUGCACCACUGUCCCUCAGAAGGUGACCUGCUGCUCUGCAGCGAAACUCUGAUCUCCCACGUUUCCGAGAUGGUCACUCAGGCCGAAGAAGAGGAGAAGAUCCCCAUCUUCAUCUUUGACGAAAUGGAACACAUGCCUGGCAAACUGCUAGACACUGUGCUUGCACUCAUCCUCACACGGGACAACAAUGAAUACUUGAAUGCUAUCUACAUCCUCAUCAGUAACCUUGAGCAUGAGGAAAUCACUAAAUUUGUCCUGCAGAACUCCUCGAGCAUUGCUGUUUCAGGCCGGGCACGCUUGAGCAAGGAGCUGAACCCUUUGUUGCUUAACAGUUUAAAAAAGCACCACUCACUGUGGCUGGAAGCCGACUUGCUGCCUCUCACACUCCUGGAGAAAAGUCAUGUGAUGGAAUGUUUCAUAGAUGAGAUGUCCAGGGAAGGAUUCUAUCCAGAUCGCUCCCAUGUAGAAAGACUAGCUGAGGAGCUGUCUUACUAUUCUGUGGGUCAACGGGAAUUUUCACGUACUGGAUGUAAGCAGGUAGUGGCAAAAGUUAAUCUUCUGUGAAGCCAAAGGUGGAAUAUACUGAAGUCAUAUAAGUGACUACUGGUUAUGGAUUACUUGAGGAACACACUGUUAAACUGAGACCAACACUGGUUGACAAUGGCAGGAAGACACAAACACGUGUCAACCUCUUUACUUUUGUAGCUCUGAAGAAAAACCUUACAAAUGUUGAACAUGUUAAGACAUUUCAUGGUUUCCUUUUUAAUACUAUUAUUUCAAUGUUUUUAUGGAAUAUUCACAAACAUGCAGUGUUAAGACGUCGUGUUUACUUUGAUUUAAAGUUUGUUGUAAACUUUCAUGGGAUGGAGUUGCGUUUUUUCUAUCAAUAUUUUGCAAUUCUAGGUCAGUGCAAAUCAUGAAGAAGUAUAGGACCCACACAGAAAAAUCUAAGACCUGUAGUACCCUCAAGAAACAUUGGAAACAUGUGAAGUCAAAAGCUGAUGUUUUCAUGAUGUACUCAUGGUAAAUGCUAAAGUGAAAAUACAGAAAGCUAUCUUUUAUUUUUGGUCGGUUCAGGUAAAGUCCAUUUUAUAACAGGGAUGUGCAUUCAUGCCUGAUUACUUGGUUAACCGUUUGAGGUAAUAGUUCUUGAAUACUGCAAUCACUAUUCAGGUAUUUGUUAUGUUUCUGUGGAGCCCUGCUGGUACAUAAUGCAUAGCCAACCUUUCAUAAGGUAUGUAAACAGGAUCCUAAAGCAACUUAACUAUCAAAAGUUAAUUUUGUUCUCAUGCCUUUCUAAGUCAUGCCCAUGCAUUAGUGUCCCAUUCCCACAAUUUAGUAAGCUAUGGCCACAAAUUAUUUUAUUAGGACAGGAUGUCACUAGCAGGGCUCUGCAUGAAUAUAGAGGAAAUACACUGCCCCACAAUUAUGUAAAAAGGCCUGUGUAUUUUUUAAAAGACUGUAAAAUGUUUGCUUGUACUUGUAAGUAUUAUACUGUAGUAUACUACUGCUACUCUGAACAUGACCAUGUUGCCAAGAACAGCUUUGGACGUGUUUCUAUUAGCUCAUUAUCUCUCCUAAGCAGCCUUUGUUAUUCAUCCAACACCCAAACUUACUGAUUUCUCUGGGCUAUUUUUGAAUAAUAAAACAAAAAAAAAGUUUCUCUCUGUGCUGCUAAAAUUUUGUGUAACGUCAGUGCCGUCAGCUUAAAAGGCAAACCUGCACCCCUAUGUUCAUUUACUUUUUUAGCAGUCUUAACCCAUCUCAGCGGUUAACCAAUUAACUCUUUAUUAACUCUUACAGAUACUCGAAUAUCAAAACUAGUUAAAACCCACAUCUCUGUUUUCUAACUGAAUGUGUGUGUUUUGCCCCCCCCCAGUUUAUUUCAGCAUAAGUAUUGGAACAAAUGUGUUCUGUGUACUGGACUGCCCUAAAGCCUCUUUUUCUCUCUCCAAUCUUGAAUGUUUGCUUUGGGGUGGUAGAUAUUGGUCACUAUAUUUAUCCAUAAAGCUCCAUAUAUUUUAGCUUACUUCUAAAUAACAUGUCUGUUUUAUGAUAAAUGAUGCUACUUUAAUUUAUUUUGUUCCAAAACGUGAACCAAGUAAAUGCUGGGGAGCUGAAUACUUAUAAUGACAAUCGCAAACACCUUUUUUUUCCAGUUCUUUAUUAGAAUUGGUCAACUCUAGCUGGAAAAUUGAGGUACACUGUACAAACACAACAACCAAGCUUCUCUACUACCUAUUAAAGUAUCAUAACUGAUAUAUAACUUAUUUAUGAUCAUUCUAAUAAUAAUAAUAAUAAUAACUUAAUAACAAUAACACAUUAACUUAUUAAUGACUAUAUUCAACAUAAAGUAACCCCAGAUCAUGUUCAUCUACUUUCCUGAACAACAGUGGCAAAAUUAUUGCAGGAUGCUGGUGAAGGAAUUCUAUGUGUUCAUUUGCUACACGCUGGUGUGUUUAUAAGUUAGUGUUCCAGCUCUAAGAUUUUACCUUUUGGUUCCUCUUCUAGUAAAGUCCUACAUGACUACAUGAGAUGCUUUCAUGCUGAAUUCCCCCAGCCGUACAGUAAUGGCCCACACAUCCCAGCAGUGAGACCACAGGGCCCCAAGACAGAGAGACAGACAGAUGUUAUCAUGCAUUCUACAGUGUGACCUUUAGUAAACAGAUAAAAGAAAAUAUUAAGAGGUUAAGCAUAUAUACUUACUGGAAUUGUUUCGAUUUCUUUACAAAUGACUCUUAAAAUGUUAACUUCAUCCAAGUCAAAAUAAUUAAAUUCAGUUGCCUAACAGCAUGC